CGUUUCUCCUUCCCCCUCUCCCUCCUAUUGCGCUUUUCCACCUUAUGAACGCUAGAGGCUCCCUCCUUCCUUCUGCUCGGCGAACAAACUUUUAGUUCCUGACUCUCUCUCCCCCUCUUUUAUUUUUUUUAAAACUUCCCUCAGGAAAAAAAUGUGGCCUUAAUUAUGUAUGUAAAAUGUCAGAAGUAGGGAAGCAGGAAAGGGGCCGUGCUUACUUGGAUGUCCCAUCCGAAGCGCAGUGACUGCCCUUUUGGUGGGUUGGGUAGUUUUUUUUUUCUUUGCUUUCCCAUUUUUUUUUUCUCCCCCCUCUUUUCUUUUUUUUUUAACGAAGGGGUGGAAAGGAUUUCGCGAAAUAAAAGUGCAGCACUAAAGCCGGUGGUUCCCAGAGCGGCCGGGGCGGGCGCGUCGGGAGCCCCCAACGCAGCGCAGCGCGGAACCCACCUGCCCCCAACAACAGCGCGCAGCGCUCCGCACCUUUUUCCCCCUCCGCGUAACCCACCCGCGCUCCUCUCUAUUUUUAUCCCUCGACUUUACCUCCAGGACAUUUUUUCACCGCCUUGGGACACCCGCAAACUCUCCCCCUUCCCUCCCGCUCCUGGUUGUUGUUGUUUUGUUAUUAUUAUUAUUAUUUUUUGGUGGUUUCUGGUGUUUUUUUCAUAUUAAUUUUUUGGUGUUUUUCUACUCAUUUUCACUUUGUUUUGCUGUAUUUUUUUUUUUCCCAAGCUUUUUUUUUUUUUUUUUUCUCGCGGUGGUGGUUUUUGGGAAGACCCCGCCCGCGUUUCUCCCUCCCGUGCCCCAGCGGAGAGGCCGGGAGAGCGGGCAGCACCUCCCCGGCUCACCGCGUGCGGGCUCGGCUCGGCGCGGCCCGGCACAGCACGGCACGGCUCGGGCGUUCGCCCCCGAUAAUGCAGAGCUACAAGUACGACAAGGCGAUCGCGCCGGAGAGCAAGAAUGGGGGCAGCCCGGCGCUGAACAACAACCCGGCCAAGGGCAGCAGCAAGAAAGUCCUGCUCAUCUGCCUCGACUUCCUCUGCCUCGUCAUGGCUGGGCUGCCCUUCCUCAUCAUUGAAACAAGCACAAUCCAGCCCUACCAGCGGGGCUUCUACUGCGACGAUGACAGCAUCAGGUACCCACUGAAGUCAAUGGAGACAAUCAACGACGCGGUGCUGUGUGCUGCAGGCAUCCUCAUUGCCAUCCUUGCCAUUAUCACAGGAGAGCUCUACCGCAUCCACUACCUAAAGGAGAAGUCACACUCAUUUAUCCAGAACCCUUAUGUGGCAGCUCUCUACAAGCAAGUGGGCUGCUUUGUUUUUGGCUGUGCCAUCAGCCAAUCCUUCACAGACAUUGCCAAAGUGUCCGUCGGACGCUUGCGGCCACAUUUCCUUGAGGUUUGUGACCUGGAUUUCUCCACCAUCAACUGCUCGAAGGGGGUUUACAUCCAGAACUACACCUGCAGGGGAAGUGACAGCAAGGUCCAGGAAGCCAGGAAAUCCUUUUUCUCUGGACAUGCAUCCUUCUCCCUCUACACCAUGCUGUAUUUGGUGUUCUAUCUGCAGGCCAGGUUCACGUGGAAGGGCGCCCGCCUGCUCCGUCCCCUGCUGCAAUUCACACUCAUCAUGAUGGCGUUUUACACCGGCCUGUCCCGUGUGUCAGACCACAAGCAUCACCCCACUGACGUGCUGGCAGGCUUUGCACAGGGAGCCCUGGUGGCUUAUUGCGUGGUGUUUUAUGUCUCUGACCUCUUCAAACCCAAGCCCAAGACCUGCCUGCCACCACCCCCCAUCCGGAAGGAGAUCCUCUCACCUGUGGACAUCAUCGAACGCAAUAACCAUCACAACAUGGUGUAGACCUUUGAGCAAUCGGAUUGGUGUUGUAUUUUAUUCUUUAUUUUUUAUUUUUGCAAAAACAAAAAAAAAAAAAAGACUGCUGACAGCAACUACCUGCUGCUCUCAAAUCUCAUCAGACAGUAGAAUGUAGGGAGAGACUUUCUUGCCCGACCGGUAAAGUCUUACUCUGUGGUCUUUAUCAACUCGCGACAUUGGGAGGAAAGGAGUGGUGGUGAUCAACAGAAAAGCAACAGUGAGAAACAAACACCCAGCAAAAAAGCCGAGCAAGCAAUGAGGUGCCGGAGUUCUGGAUGUGCAAUUGGUUUGAGUGUUCAUGUUGUAGUGAACGCCAAAUUGUUCAUAGCGUAAAGAACACUAAGGGAUUUUGGAAAGCUGGCCAUCUUAGGGUUGUUUUUAUUAUUUUUGAUGAUGAAGAUUUCUAAUGCAGGCAAGGAAAAAAACAAAACAACCAAACAACUUGCAAAUUAUAUAGCACUACAUAUGAGAAACAGCACUGAGUCAAGAUCCAGGAUUGGUUUGUAAGAGUUGCUAUUUUUUUAUUUCGGAUGCUAGUUUGUUUCUGCCUCCUCUUUUCUAUACUGUGACUUAGCAUAGAAGGAGCUUGCCCAGCCAAGGAUCUCCGGAGGGUCUCUGUUCACACCACGCACCUUUCACAAGCAGUCCUGAGAUGCGCGGCGAGGCUGAACAAAUGUACCCUUGGAGCACAAACCCACAUUUCUUCCUUCCCGUUCGCUUCCUAGCGAGGCUUCAUCCUGAGCCACCAGGCGUGCGCAGCAGCUGCAAAUGGCCCUAAAAUGGAAAAUACCAUCCUCUGCUUCCCGGCCCUUCUCUCUCUCUCUGAAUGACAGCAGGAGUUCUGCGUGCUCAUGGUUUGCGUGAUGGUGGCUUGGCUGGAGACCUGUUCGCACUAUGACCUCAGGGCUGAGUCCUGGGGAACCUUGAAUUCUGCCCUUUUGGGAUGGGCUGCUGGGCAGCUCAUCCCAGCCUGGGUGUCGGUCCAUUUGUACAUCCCCCAUUUCUCCCAUUGGCAUCCUGGUGCUCUGCUUGGUGACACCAGUGGGAAGCCAGCCGUGCCUCUUAUCCAUUGUGAUUUGUAGGAGUUUUUUUGUUUUUUUGGGUUUUUUUUUGCCCAGAAACCACAAGUUUUUGGCUUGCAGACCUUUCACAGAGCGCGUUUGCAAAGGGAUCACACAAACCAUGCAGAAUGGCCAUUUGCACAUCCUUCGUACAGAAUCCGUCCUAUCAUUUCAACUAUAGCAAGCUAUGAUUUUUUUUUAUAUAUAAAUAUUAUAUAAAUAAUGUAUAAAACCUUAAAAAUUAACUAUGUAAAAUAUUAUUUCUGAAACAAUUUUAGAUAUAUCCACUAUGACUAUAAACUGUGUCCUGACCUGUGUUAUUUACAUUUUGCUGCUUAAAGAAGCAUUGAAUUAAUUUUUUUUAUAGUCGACUAAAAUAUUGUAGUUCUGUGGUAGUAAUAUUUUAAUGAAAAUAACUACAAUUAGAGACGUUUGUAUAAAAAAAUCAUAUUAAAUUGUCUGUAUUUUUGUAAUGUUCCAUUUUUGUAAAGAGAAGAAUAUUCAAAGACUUUUGUAGAAUACAAAAUGAAAAGUUUGUAUCUGCGAAAUUAUUGCUGUAUAAAUGUGCUUUUUAAAUAAAAGCUCAUAACACAACUAAA